AUGAGGACAGAUGCCUACGACGAAGAAGACGCGGUUGAUGACAGCGCCAAAUGCGGCCUACGAGAGGUCAUAGUGGAAGAGCACUCAGACAGUGAAGAUUCCACGGUACCAGGUUCAUCUUCGGAGGAUGAAAGAAAGGCAGAAAAACCAAAAAUUGAUAUUCCUCCAGAGUUCUGGCACAUUCAGAAAUUGAUCAAAUAUAUGAAAACUGGCAACCAAACCGCCACGAUCGUAGCCCUUUGUUGCCUGAAAGAUCAUGACUUAACUACAGAACACAACCAAAUGGCCAUCCAGGAAAUGGGCGGUUUGGAGAUCCUAAUCAACCUCCUAGAAACGAAAGACCUCAAAUGCAAACUAGGAGCCCUGGGGGUCCUCACCGAGCUGUCCCAGAACGCGGAGAUCCGCCGCUGCAUCGCCGACCUGGGUGGCAUCCCCUUGCUGGUAAAGAACCUCACGGAACCAGCCAGAGACCUGCAGAUGCUGGUGGCCGAGACCAUCUACAACGUGGCGCAAAUCAGGAAAGCCAGGAAGCAUGUUAGGAAAUGCAACGGGAUACCCAAACUGGUAGACUUCUUGGACGUCAACGAGACUUAUUUGUUGACUCCCAGAGAGCAGCUGAGCGCCGACGAGGUGGAGACGGUUAACAUAGCUAGGGCCGCGGCUAAGGCGCUGUGGUCGAUUUCGAAGAGUAAGAAGAACGUGCAGGUGAUGAUGAAGAGCGGUUCUGUGCCGCUAUUGGCUAGACUGUUGAGAUCCGUACAUGUAGACGUUGUGGUACCCACCAGCGGGACCUUAUCCCAAUGCGCUGGCGAUCCCAGCUACCAGCUGGCCAUACAGACCGAAGGGAUGAUAAGGGACAUCGUCAAACACCUUUCGGCCGAAGAUUUCCCGUUGUUGAGGAGGUACUGUGCAGAGAUUAUCUUCAAGUGUAGCGAAAACGCCAUCACCAGGGAAAUGGUGAGGCAGUCGGGCGGUUUGGACCCGCUUGUCAGCAUGGCUAGGAACCCCAAGACCAAGGAGGACAAGCCGCUGUUGGCCGCCGUCACGGGCGCAAUAUGGAAGACCGCCAUCAGUUCGGAAAAUGUGGAGAGAUUCGAUCAGCUCAAAACAGUAGAGGUCCUGGUAAAGCUGCUGGAAAACGUGGAAGAAGACGAACGGGUCCUCAGCAACGUAGUGGGGGCUCUUUGCGAGUGCCUGAAGUUCGAACACAACCGUGCCACCCUGAGGAGGGCGGACGGCAUUCCCCACCUGGUGAACCUUCUGAACUACACCUAUCCCCCGCUGUUGGAGAACGUACCCAUGGUGCUGAGGGAAUGCGCAGAGGACGAGGAUUCCAUGAGGAUAAUAGAGGAGUUGGAUGGGGUGAGGCUCAUUUGGUCGUUGCUGAAGAACGAUUCUCCCAAGGUCCAAGCCAACGCCGCUUGGUCCCUCGUCCCCUGCAUAAAGAACGCCACAGACUCGGGGGAGAUGGUGAGGAGUUUCGUGGGCGGGCUAGAGCUCAUAGUGAACCUGCUGAAGUCCCGUGACAACCACGUGCUGGCGUGCGUGUGCGCCGCCAUCGCAGAGGUGGCCAAAGACAUCGAGAACCUGGCGGUGAUCACGGACCAUGGCGCCGUCACCAUGCUGGUGGACCUGGUGGACACCGAGGACGUGGAGCUGAGGCAGCACCUAGCCUCGGCGAUAGCGUACUGCUGCGCGUGGGGAUCCAACUGCAAGGAGUUCGGGAGGUUGGGAGCCAUCACGCCGCUGGUCCAGUACAUGGCGGACGAAGACCCCAACGUCCACCGGACGACGGCCCUAGCCCUUUUCCACCUUUCAAAGAACCCCUUCAAUUGCAUAACGAUGCACGAGAGCGGAGUGGUUGCCUACUUGCUGAAGGCGGUCUCAUCUACGGAUUGGAAACUGCAGGAAGCGGCGGCAGGAUGCUUGGCCAAUAUAAGAAAGUUAGCAUUGGAAGCAGAGACCAUUCAUUUGAUCCGAGAAAAACCGGAAACCAGCGAAGAGGAAGACUAUUAA